GAAGAUGAGGAGAAGUGAAGGUUUGUUCUUGCGCGUUUUUUAGCGUCUCAGUGUCUGAGGAGAACCUCAGCAGCUCCGCCGCGGGGGUCUGAUCCGGUCCGGUCUUUGUUGUGCAGCCGUUUCUUCUUACAUUUAAUCUUUUGAACGCUUCCACCGGCACCGGGCCGCCUCGCGGACAUGUGCGGUCAGACUGUCGCCACAGGCGGGAAUUAGCUCGUCCUUUUGUCCCGGGUCGGACCGGAGCUAAUUGGACUAGAGACGGACGUGGGUCGCGGUUCUGUUCGGGUCCCGGAUCAAAGGAGGAGGAUGCUGUCCCGGGUCAGCCUGGUCCUGCUGUCCGCGCUGUGUCUGUGGAGCCGGGGCCAGCGCCUGGACCACGACAGCUGGGCAGAUCAGGCGUCAUCCAUCGGUCUCUGUCGCUAUGGCAACAGCGUGGAGUGUUGCUGGGGCUGGAGACAGACAGACUGGGGACGCUGUCAACCUCGCUGUCAGCAGGGUUGUAAACACGGGGAGUGUGUUGGACCAGACAGAUGCGAAUGUCAUCCAGGAUACACCGGCAAGGCCUGUAACCAAGAUCUGAACGAGUGUGGCGUGAAGCCUCGCCCCUGUAAGCAUCGCUGCAUGAACACACUGGGCAGCUACAAGUGUUACUGUCUGGAUGGAUACUCAGUGCAGCCGGACGGCAGCUGCAGGAAUGCUCGCACCUGUUACCAUGCCAACUGUCAGUACGGCUGUGAGGUCAUCAAGGGGGUGGUCCGAUGUACCUGUCCGUCGCCAGGGUUACAGCUGGGACCAGACAGACGCACCUGCAUCGACAUUGAUGAGUGUGUGUUUGGCGGAGGUGUGUGUCCUCGUCGCAGGAAGUGUGUGAACACGUUUGGGAGCUUCAUGUGUAAAUGUCACCUCGGUUUCAAACUCACGUACAUCAAUGGACGGUACUCCUGCAUCGAUAAGGACACUCGGCCGUUCUGCUCUCUGAAUCCCGCCUCUCUGAAGUGCAGGUGUGAAGACGGCAGCUGUGCAGCUGUCCUCAAAGUCCCUCUGGAGCCGCCGAGACCGAGAAGUCCAAGUCCAGCACCUGCCAGAACUACAGCUCUCCUCACCACCCUCACCCCUGCAACUACUGCCACUGCUACUGCUCAGCCAACCACCACAACUGCUGUCCCCAUGACAACCACUACAUUAGCAACAACCAGCCCGGCUACACCUACUACCACCAAAACCACGCCAAUACUUACUACAGAACGUACUGCUGCUACUACGUCUGCAACUACGACUACUUCCACUACUGCUUCAAGUACAACACCAGCUACGACUACCACUGCUGCUACGACGACUUCAACAACUCUGCUAACUACAACUGAACUGGACACUUCAUCUGCUACAACCCCACACCCCACUACUACCACUACUGCAACUACCACUACUCCAAAUACCACUACUCCAACUACCACUACUCCAACUACCACUACUACUCCAACUACUACUACUGCAACUACCACUACUCCAACUACCACUACUCCAACUACUACUACUCCAACUACCACUACUACUUCUACUUCUCGAAGUAUUCCUCAAUCUACAGUGGAACCAACGAGCACGAUGCUCAGCACCACCUCCCUGCCAACGACCACCGUGAACAACAGGGUUCAUAAGGAGGUGACACACAGACAGAGAGGAGACGUGCACAUCCCUCGACAGUCCAGCCACAACCAGGUGUGGGAGUUUGACAUCGAGCUGGGAAACACAGCCGAGGACGCCGGAGAUGAUCCUGAGGUCGGCGUGCUCCGCUGUACCUUCGAUCAUGGACUGUGUGACUGGAUGUCAGACAGAGAAGGAGAUCUACACUGGGAGACUGUUCACGACGCUGCAGGUGGGCGGUACCUGUCCGUCCCGGAGCUGAAGGUGGGACAGAGGAGCGUCCGCGGUGCUCGACUGGCCGUCCACAUAGUCCCGCCCUGGAGCCACGGCGACCUGUGUUUCUCCUUCUCCCAUUGGCUGACGGGGCAUCACGUGGGCGUGCUGCAGCUGUUUGUCAGGAAAACAGGACGAGACCAAAGGUACAGCCCCGCCCUCUGGAGCAGGACAGGUGGACACGGUUGGAGACACACACAGGUUACCUUGAUGAAGAACACUGUGGACAAGGUGUUGCUGAAGGCCGAGCGCAGGAAAGGGCGGCGAGGACAGAUGGCUGUUGAAGAUGUCACACUGAGACAGGGGGCGUGUCGAUGACAUCACUGCAAGACGAGCGGACGUCUUCAGUUUCUGUGAUUCAGGACUGAGCUGCUUUUUUUCCAUCAGCGACUCAAAAGUUCGUCUCUUUCUGAGAAGAACAAAGACGCCGUUUUUCUUUUAGCUGCCGUUUGUGUUCAAGUAGCAGGAGCUAUCGACAGCGUGUGUGUGCGUGCGUGUGUGUGUGCGUGCGUGUGCGACACAAACAGGAAGAAGGCAGGGACACAUCCUGGGAAAUCCUGCAUCAGAGGGGGGACGGCGAGGCCACCGGACUCAGAUUUACUUGUCAUGCUGCAGCAGAGACUUCAGAUCUUAUCUGGAAUCGUUCUUAUUGUAAAUCUGUGAUCGUGCAUUUUAUCCACCUUCAGUCUAAAUUUGUCGGCUCGUGUGUAAGAAUCUGUCGAACGAUCAGAUGAUUUGUUGAUUGACUGAUAAACCUUAAA